AUGUCUAAAUCAAGAGGAAAUAAAUCAGGUGAUUUUUCGGGAUCUACUGCAAAAUCUGAUGAAAUUUUAAAACCUGAUGAUCUUAAUCGUAGCUUUUCUGAUUUUGUGACCUUCAUUCCGGAUGAGGAUAUUGAUGAAAGCUUAGAGGAAUGGAAAUAUAGUUUGAUUGGGCGAUUAGACCUAGUUAAGCUCAAAUUUUGGGUUGCUGAAUCAUCGUUGAGAAGGCAAUGGAAAACUUCAAGUAAAUUUCAACUAAUUCGAAUUGGAAAAGGUUACUUUAUUAUUAAGCUUGAGAAUGAAUUAUAUAUGAACUUAAUAUGGAAUGGAGAUUGGGAAGUUGAAUCACAAUAUCUUAAACUAAGAAAAUGGGAACCGAAUUUCAACCCUGAAACUCAUAAAACUUCUACGGCUUAUAUUUGUGUCCAACUUCCUGGGAUAAGCAUAAAAUAUUGUAAGGAGAAGAUUCUGAUGAAUAUUGGAAAGGCUUUGGGUAGACCAGUUAAGGUAGAUGAGACAACUCUUAAGAAGGAAGCAAGAUACUAUGCAAAUAUCCUGGUGGAAAUGGAUCUCGCAAAACAAAUUCCUAGCAAAAUAUGUGUUAAAUCUAAGUAUGGCAUAUUUGGUCAAGCAGUAAAUAUUCCUAAUAGGCCAAAGUUUUGUUAUCAUUGCAAGAUAGUAGGUCAUUACACAGGAGAAUGUAGAAAUAAAAGCAGGGAGCAGGAAUCAUCAUCUAGUGGAGCUUUCCCAGCUCUUUCAGUGGAGAAGCUACUAAGGGAAGAUGCUGCUGCUCCUGCCAUUAAUAAUACUAGCACAAUUAUACCUCCAAUUAGUAGACAAGCUUCAAGUGAAAAUGUUCCUAAAGUUAAACAGAAUACAAUACAUGGGAGCACAAUUACUACAAGACAACAAACUGCAAAUUUGGUGAUCAAUGGUGGAAAAAGAGAGUUUUUGAGAAGAAAUUCUUCUCAACCUCAAUCUUCUAAAUGA